AUGGCUGAUAUUGUCCAUCGUGAUCAUCCCAAAGUAUAUACUUAUGUAUUUCGACAUUCCGAUGAAACCAAAACAAAACUUAUUUUUACUGAGAUAUAUGCUGAUGAACAGGUAUUUCUCGACCAUGGACGUGAUGCCGAAUUCGGUAAACUUUUACAACAAGGUUUCAAUACUACAACAGGUAAAAGCCGGAAAGAAUUGUGCAUUCGAAGUGAUAUUAAUAGUCCCUUAUCGCAAAUAACUACCAGUAUACUCGAUAAUUAUUUACAUGCUACUUAUAUUCCUCUUCAACAAGGGUUUUUUCAUCGAAAUUUAAUUGACCAAAGUGAAGUGGAUCUUCUGAUUGUAUGUACUGGGUGUGGUCAAAAUGUUUAUGAAGAGUUGGACGCACUUGCUAGUUGUGUCACGUGUGUCACAUUUGAAGAAUUCGAUGGGAAUAGACAAUUAAUUGCUGUUAUCACGAAUAUUUCAAGUGAAAAACGAUCGAUGAAAGAUGAGAAACCAUCGAUUGAUGCAAUCGAAAUAGUUUGUUCGCAUGAAGAAACCAUUCGAAAAUUCAAAGAUAUUAUUGAUAAUUAUUUUCAAGUUCAAUCAAUACAUAUUCAAAGAAGUUUCAGUGGUUAUAUUCGUCAUAAAUCUUCGCCAUAA